AAUACUAUUGAAAAACAAAACUAGACAAAAAUGGUUGGAACAACUGUUUUAAAACGUGUCGAUGAGAACGAGUCUGCUGCCUUCAAGCAAGUCAAGAAAAUUGGUGUCUCCACAACAGAGGUUACUAAACGUGCCGCCUUGGGAGACUUACAGAAUCGUGGUGUUGUACGUACCAUUGCCGCCAAGGAUGCAGCACAAAAGGACUUGAAGGAUACCAAACUUCAAAAUGCAUUGCGUGCAACCAAGGCCCGUGUGGAUACACACUGGAAGAAGACAACAACUACGACCACAGUCGGCGGUGCUACACGUACAAAUGUUGCAACCGGCGAAGUGGUACCAACUGCUGCCGCAGCCCAGCGUAAAGUAUUAACCCGAUCCAAUUCCGUGCGUUUGGGAACCACGGCGACCACCGGAUUGGGUGGACUGCAACGACAUGCAUCGGCAACCUCGCACUUGCUUGUCGGACAUAAUAAAGUUAAGACGCUGACCACAAAACUGGUCGAAAACAAAGUGCAACAAGUUAAAAUUAUCAACAAAACAACCAACAAGACUGAAACGGAUGCUACCGUCGAACCAUCCCUGCGCCGUGAAGAUAGCAAUCUAUCCCGUAAAUCAUUAACAAAAAUUAAAGCUGCCAUUACACAAAAUGCCUCUGCUGCUGGCGCCACAAAACCAACCCUUGUAAAAUCACAUUCAGCAGCUGCUACAUUAACCCGCAAAGAACCAACAACCAAAUCCACCGAAACAACAUCUUCCGCCACCAGUGCAUCGGCUGACAAAUUGAAAAUUGUCAGCGUACAAACACAUUCAUCCAAAUUAUUGGACGAUGUUAAGGAUAUCGAUGAAGGUGAUGCGGAAAAUUUGGUCUUAGUAUCUGACUAUGUCAACGACAUCUAUUCGUACCUGUUCAAAUUGGAAGCCGAACAACCGGUUAUGAAAAAUCAUUUAGAAGGUCAAGCUGAGGUCUAUGCUAAAAUGCGUGCCGUUCUAAUUGAUUGGAUUAACGAAGUUCAUACACAAUUCCAUUUGGCUGCCGAAACAUUCCAAUUGGCUGUGGCGAUAAUUGAUCGUUAUUUGCAAGCUGUUAAGGAUACCAAACGUUCACAUUUGCAAUUGGUCGGUGUCACUGCACUCUUCAUUGCUGCCAAAUACGAAGAGUUGUUCCCACCAGCCAUUGCCGAUUUCAUCUAUAUCACCGAUGACACAUACACCGGCAAACAAAUCCGCCAAAUGGAAUUGCAAAUCUUCAAGGCAUUGGAUUGCAAUUUGUCGCGACCAUUGCCCAUACAUUUCUUGCGCCGUUUCUCAAAAGCUGCCGAAGCUGAGGAUAAUCAUCAUGCCAUGUCGAAAUACUUUUUGGAAUUGGCAAUGAUUGAAUAUGAUAUGUCUCACUAUAAGCCAUCUGAAAUUGCUGCUGCCUCACUUUUCCUCUCCCUAAAUCUCCUGAAAGAAAAUUCCAACAUGGCCACCGGUCUUAAUAACAAACACUGGAAUUCUACCUUGGAAUGGUACUCACGCUAUUCACCCGAGCAUUUAAGACCCAUUGCCAAAAAAAUCGCCACUGUGGCUCGCAAUGCACCAAAUGCCAAACUGAAGGCUGUCUAUACCAAAUACCAAGCAUCGAAAUUCCAAAAAGUCUCCACACGUUCUGAAUUGUACAGUACUCUAAUGGAUUCCAUCAUUAGCAGUAAAGAGUAAA